AUGGACAAAUACGCCAAACGCAAGGUCGCCGCGAGAGACGCCGGCGGAUGCCUGAUAUGCGACAGUCGCACGGUCACGGUCCUCCACUGUGCCGCGAGCGGCGAUUGGUUUUUUUGCUGUGACCUGCAUCUGCAGGACAACCCGCAGUUUGCGCAGCCAAACUAUACGCCCGCGUACCACGCCGCAUGCCGCCGCGUCGCAGACCUUGCCAGCCGCCUUGCCGCCUCCGAAAAGGCUGCCGCCGCCGGAUGGGACAGCUGGCUCGGCCGCUUCGCCGCCUCCAAGAAGAAGCCUGCGGUCCCCGCCAAGGACGGUAAUGUGUCCGCGCAGGGCCAGGACAAGACAGAGGACAAAGAGGAGAAGCCUGCGGAGGUCUCUGCGGCGGAUCUGCGCCGCGAAUACGAACGGGAACUGGCCACGGUAGCGACUCUCCGCAAUAAGCCGGCUACAUACACACUCAGUGCGGUCAUGCUGACGUCUCGUCUCGAGCGCCGGACGCGCGUGGCAGCACGCGCAGAACGGGCUCGUGAAGAGGAACAGGCAUAUAGCAACACUGAUCCGCAGCAACUACUGCAAACAUACCAUUUCCCAGAGCUGCCUAAGCCGAAGCGGUAG